AUGGCGUCGGGCAGCGGGACUAAAAACCUGGACUUCCGUCGGAAGUGGGAUAAAGAUGAAUAUGAGAAACUUGCAGAGAAACGGCUCACGGAAGAGAGAGAGAAGAAAGAUGGCAAACCGGUUCAGCCUGUCAAGAGGGAACUUCUGCGGCACCGAGACUAUAAAGUGGAUCUGGAAUCCAAGCUGGGGAAAACCAUUGUCAUCACCAAAACUACCCCUCAGUCAGAGAUGGGAGGAUAUUACUGUAAUGUAUGUGACUGUGUGGUGAAAGACUCCAUCAACUUCUUGGAUCAUAUCAAUGGCAAAAAGCAUCAGAGGAAUCUGGGCAUGUCCAUGAGGGUGGAGCGCUCCACACUAGAUCAAGUGAAGAAACGCUUUGAAGUGAACAAGAAGAAAAUGGAGGAGAAACAAAAGGAUUAUGACUUUGAGGAGAGGAUGAAGGAGCUUAGAGAGGAGGAGGAAAAGGCCAAAGCCUAUAAGAAGGAAAAACAGAGAGAGAAGAAGAGAAGGGCAGAGGAAGACUUGACAUUUGAAGAGGAUGAUGAAAUGGCAGCUGUGAUGGGUUUCUCUGGCUUUGGCUCUACCAAGAAGACUCACUGAUCAGCUCUGGACUUUACCCUUUCUUGAUAAAGAUUGUUUAUACCCCCAGGACUCUGGAAAACUCUUUAAAGACUUGACAGAGAAUUUGUAUGUAAUUCUCCCACUAGAUGUUGGCUGGAGGAGUUGGGAAGCAAUUCCACGCUCAACCUGUGCUGCAGAACAAGCUCUGUCCCCAGUCAUUAGUGCCCUACUGCCUGCAGAGAUACCAUAACCUUAGCCUAGCUGGCAAACAUCUAAAUUCCAAAUGAAGAGACCUUUCAAUUAGACCUCUUCUCCACAAACUCCCCCGUCCCAUCCUGCAGUAAAUUCUGUGGAGUUCUCAUGGUUUCUGUCUCUGAUUCUUUUCAUCUUUUGUGAGGAGUCUGCAAGCUGAAUGUUUCUUCUGGAAACCCCAUUGGCCUUUAGCCACCUCAUCCUUUGUACUAGUCCUGGCUGCUUGUCACUCUGUGUUCUGUGGCCUUGUGUGUGUGUGCGCGCGCGGGGAAACAUUCUGUUGGGUACCUUUUAGUGUUAAACUAAUAAAAUUCUGUACAGAUGGUAUGGUUCAGGAAUUGCUUGUCCAGCUGAGAAAUGGGUACACUUUUUGUUUGCUUAAAAUACAGAGAAUUCUUUACAUUUUUUUAGAUGUGUAUCUAAAGGAAUUACACUGUAAUGAGUGUUAAAUAUGGAUAGUAUAGGUUGAAUUUUUAUUUCUUUUGUUGAGAAGAGCUUGAGGCUUUUUGGACACUGCAUUUGCUGAAACUUCUUUUUGUAUUUUAUCUGCAAUGGACUCUCUAUUUUAUUUUCACUGUUUUCCUUUGUGUUCAGUGGUGUAAUCAGAAUUUCUUUAGCGUAGGUAAGAAAUAUCUUUCUGGGAUUUACCUAGGAUAGAGCUAAAGGGAAAACAGCAGAGAAAUAUGUGGAAUUUGCCUAAAAUAAAUACAUUUUUGGAAACUAUCAGAUUGUUUUGUAGGGAAUCUUGUUUUAUUCUUUUUAAGUGAGGACUUGAGAACAGAACAGGUAAUGGCUUUCGAAGUGUGUGUUUGUUUGGUGUGUGGGUUUUCUUUUGUGUGUGGGGGGGCGGGAGAGGAAUUGUUGGGUAGGAAAUCCCAGACUGGAGUUUCUUGCCUCAGCUAUAAUAAAUGGACUCUAGUGUUUAAUGGCCAUUGUAGUAUGUCCCUAAAUAUUUCUUAUCUUAUUUGGGGCUUUUUCUUUCUGACCUUGCAUCUGGUUGGGGACCUGCUUUCUGAGCCACUUCAGGUCUCCUAUUCCCCAAAUCCUUUUCAUUGCUCCUUUUAUUUACUUCAAUCCAACCCUCUGUGACUCAUCUGCUUUUUCCAGUUAGGAGGAUUUACAUCUCAUGUCGCUGAUUUUCAUAGUGCCAUCCUUUUUAUAUUGAUGGGAUCAUUGUUCUUGCCGCUCUCUGUACCUUUGUGAAAUCUCAGACUCAAGGAAGGACUGCAGUGUAUUUAGCCUUCUCUUUCUAAUACACACAGAAUAAAUCCUGUAAUGCUU